CAUUCACGGUCACGUGCUCAAAAAGCGAUGUCUUAUCCCACAAAUCAUUGCCCUGCCAGUUAUGAAUUAUUCUGAUUAUGUCACAAUUUAGCAAACGCCAUCAAGCAUCUUUCACUUGAUUUUAGUCAUAGCAUUGCUUAACUUCUAAUAUCUUCGUGCGGCGAGAAUUUACUCUUCUUUACGACAUAAUGCAGAAAUAUACUAAAAUCAACGACUGUAGUAGUUGGACAUCAAAAAAUGAUUUCACAAUCAACAAAAGAUCUGCAGAUGAUUACCUAAAAGAUAUCACAAAUCUCCUCUUUAGGUCACUAGCAAAUGAUAAUUUAAUGGAGGCAAUGGCUGGUCUUCAUCAGUGUAGUAUUUUCUAUCGUGAUUUCUUGGAUGAAGUAGUGAAAUUAUUGUCUUUUGAUAAAGAACUCAGUUUUGAAAACAUUGAGCUAUUGAAAAAUCUUAAAGCAAACCUUAUCCAUUUAACCAAGUUCCUGGAUGAAAUAUUUCUUCACUACUCCAAAUUUGGUAAAAAAAAGUCAAGCAUUGAAGGUGUUGUAGAGGAUAAAGAAAGUGCCUUUUAUCAUUUAAACCUUCCUGAGAUAGACUACCUUGUUGAUUUGAAACUUAGCCCUGAAGAAGUUCUAUGUUCUCAUCUUGGUUUGAGAGAGGAGCUUGCUGACAGGCUUACUGACAUAAGUGAUCACAUGAGAAAACAUAAAAGUGAAAAGGACCACUUGCUGAUAUUCUUGGGAGAUAAAGAAGAAAUCAUAGAAAACCUGAGAGAAAGUAAUGCUGUUGCAAAAACCUUGUGCAACAUGGGUUUUACAAAGCAUCGAUCUCAAGUCAUUGCCAACUGGAUAAGAAGCAUGCCAGAUCCAAAUUGCAGAUCAAUUUUUUCUUGGGUGGAAACUUACAUAGAAAAUCAUUUUAAGUAUGAUAUCUUUUUAAAUGAUCAAUUCUUGGAUUUUCCAUACAAAAAUGAUCAUCUGAAUGAAUGGUUUACAGAGCAUGUCUCACAAUUUGGUGAAGAAGGAGAUCUGGUAGAGUAUCCAGUAAAUAUUAUCAAUGUUGAAUCUGAAGAAGAUGCCCUCAGGAAUAUUGAAUCAAAGGUUGCUGAAAAAGGGAUAAGUGAUCCAAAGGUGAACAUAUAUUUUCAUGUUACUGAUCACAUUAGUGCUCAAAAUAUCUUGGAAGGCAUAAUUAAGCUUCAUAAUGGUCUGGAAAGAUCUGACUUCUCUGAUGGCCUCUAUUUAUCAAAUAACCUGUGUUUCUCAUUAGAACAGUAUGCAACAAGCAGCUCACAUCCAGCUAUCAUCAUGUUUGAUGUUGAUCCUAACAAACUUAGUGAGUUCAAAGGAAUUGAUUUGUCUAGUGAUGAAAAGAAUAAAGAGUGGAAAUCAAUUGUUCAGUAUUUUCGCUCUGGUAGGCAAAAAUCUAUGAACUUAAGCAAGAGUUUGCAAUCACAGAUAAAAAAAUGUGAUUACAUCAAAGGUCCUGUUUACCUUGAUGAUACUAGUUUAAGUUAUGCUUCAUUUAAGGAUGUUGAACAGAUAUGCAUUAAGGAAAGACAAUUGGCAAAAUUAAUAGGGUGUCCAUUGUCAAUUGUAGGAGUGGUUUUCUUUAAGUUGUCUUCUGCCUGGCUAAAUGUACCUUAACAUAAUUCGAGUAUAAAGGUAUGCUAAAUAUGGACACUUUAAUUAAUUUGAUUCCAUACAAACAGAACAUUGAAUAUGAAAUUGAGCUAUUAAACAAGGCAUGGGUAUCGAAUUUGAUUUAGAGUGUAUGUAAUUUGUGAGAAUUGGGGAAAGUUAAAAGUCAAUUGCUAAAAGUUGGUGCAAUCAG